CGACAGAGCGUGUUGCUAAUAAUUUAUAGAUGUAUCAGAUACGUUGCUGGAAGUAUACACACGGCAUCGAUCUAUUGCUAUAAAAAGUAUACUUUUGCAUGUUUCCUUCUGCUUCGACAUGAAGUGUUUCAUAUUUACCGUUUUAUUGAUCACAGUGGUAAUCCUUGUAACAGUACAAGGUCAAGGUGGUAGUCCUGGUUCUCCUGGAGCACCAGGUACUCCCGGUUGCCCUGCUGGCCCAGGAGGGGCCGGAAGUUCAGGAGGCACUGGUGGCCCAGGAGGCACUGGUGGUCCAGGAGGCACUGGGGGCCAGGGAGGAACUGGUUUUCCUAAUCGUGGUUCAGGUUGUCCAGGUGGACCAGGAGGGGCCGGUGAACCAGGAGGUGCAGGUGGUCCAAGAGGAGGUGGUGGUACAGGAGGUGGUGGUGGAGGAGGAGGCCCUGGUUCUCCACCUGGUAGUCCUGGUUCUCCUGGACCACCAGGCAGUCCAGGUGGCCCUGUAGGUCCGGGAAGCGCCGGAGGUCCAAUAGGAGCUGCUGCUCCAGGAGGCACUGGUGGAAUGAUCAUGCUACCCUUGUAUCCAGAGUGUGCCAUUUAUGCGAAAUUAAUGCACGAUAUGUUUGAGGGUAAGUUAUUUGAAGUAGACACACGGCAUCGAGCUAUUGCUAUAAAAAGCAUACUUUUGCAUGUUUCCUUUUGUCUCGACAUGAAGUGUUUCAUAUUUACCGUUUUAUUGAUCGCAGUGGUAAUCCUUGUAGCAGUACAAGGUCAAGGUGGUAGUCCUGGUUCUCCUGGAGCUCCAGGUAGUCCAGGUUGCCCUGGGGGUCCAGGAGGCGAAGGUAGUGCAGGAGGCGCUGCUGGUCCAGGAGGCACUGGUGGUCCAGGAGGCACUGGUGGCCAGGGAGGAACUGGUUUUCCUAAUUGCCCUGGUGGUCCAGGAGGGGCUGGUGGUGCAGGAGGUGCUGGUGGUCGAGGAGGCACUGGUGGUCCAGGAGGCUAUGGUGGCCAGGGAGGAUAUGGUAAUCCAAGUGGAUCUCCCGGUUCUCCUGGACCACCAGGUAUUCCAGGUAGCCCUGUUGGUCCAGGAGGUGCCGAAGGUCCAGUAGGAGCUGCUGCUCCAGGAGGCGCUGGUGGAUUGAUCAUGCUACCCUUGUAUCCAGAGUGUGCCACUUAUGGUAAAUUAAUGCACGAUAUGUUUGAAGAAAUGCGAAAUAAUAACAGAAUUGGUCCAGAGCAGUGUCAAUCAGGAAAUCAUACAAUAUGCAUGUCUAAAGAUGUGGAAAAGGUUCGCUGUGCAGUAACCGAGCCAAUGCCACAAGAAUGUGUGGAUAAGAUUAUGGAGUUUGUACAAGGAAAUUCAUGUAACGGAACCGAAGUUUGAUGAAAUCGAAAUUUAAAUUGUAAAUAUAGCUGUUGCCACCUUUUAUGAUGAAACAUUAAAUGUGGGUGAAAUAAAUGUAUUCAAUUAUGAA